AUGAGAGCAAUCAAGCUUGUGUUUCCAUUGACUGUGCAUCGGCUAUGUGGAUGGCAUCUGGAGAAACAUAGCAUACAACAUAUGAGAGUAUUGGACAAGAAAUAUCCUGAUUUGAACACAGUUUAUAGGAGUUGUAUUUAUGGUUCUAAUACACCAGUCGAAUUUGAGGAGCAUUGGAAGAUCAUGAUAAACAUAUUUAAUUUACAAGCUCAUCGAUGGCUAAAGAAACAAUUUAGGAUACGUCAACAUUGGGUGCUUUGUUAUUUUUGUAACACCUUUUUUACUGGAAUGAGUACGACACAGAGGGGAGAGUCGAUGAAUAUGUAUUUUAAGGGCUUCUUCACAUCAGCAACACCUCUUAAUGAAUUUGUUACUCAAUUUGAAGAGGCUUUGAACAGGAGAAGAGAAAAAGAAGCCAAGGAAGAUACUAUCUGCAUCACCUUAUCCCCUUCUUGUGCUACAGGUUACAGAAUUGAACAACAAGCCACUAAUGCUUAUACUAAUAAGGUGUUCAAGUUUUUCUCUGAAGAGUGA